UUAUUGCCUUUGUUCCUGUUACCAUCACACAUGCAGGGGGAAGAUUAAAGAACUGUUUAAAGCCACUGUAUUCAAUCAUUGAUGAUUUUCAAAGAGACAGAGACUGGGUGUAUCACUAGACACCAGUAGUAACGAAGCAGAAGAUAAAAAUGAACAUUAAUUUUGGCUUAUUACUUCUUGUUGUAUGGAAAUCUGCAAUAGGAAAUGUUGCCAAAGGCAACAGCUGUGGGCCUGUGAAGUUUGAAAAUGGAAUACGGAGAAUUAUUAGUAAGGAACCAGUCUCACCGACACGCAUGGAAUUUAAAUGUAACAACACCUUCCAUCUGAUUGGGGAGAAGAACGGAGCAUGUCUCCCUAACGGCAGAUUCAGCGUCAAUAUUCCCUUCUGUGCUCGAUCAGGUUGUCCCAAAAUACAAGAACCUUCCAAUGUCACUGUCACAGAGGAAAUCGAAGGGAAGGUACUUCACUUUCAGUGCGGAGUUGGCAUGCGCAGAAGUGGCCCUCAGAGACUGAUGUGUGACGGGAGGAGAUGGAACAGUGAUCCUCCCAUCUGUGUUCAAAGCGGCCUGCCUAAUUGUGACUUCGAAGAGCAUUCAUUUUGUGGGUGGAGCCAAGACUUGAAUGACAGCCAUGAUUGGCAGUGGAUAAGCAAGGCCACACCCAUUCUGGAAACAGGACCACUGGAUGAUUACAGUGGAAAAGACCACUAUAUACUCAUCGACAAUGCCUUUCCUAACGAUGAGACCCACGUGACUCGUCUGUUAUCGCCCCUGCUGCCUUCAUCAGAGCGUCUGUGCAUGAGUUUUGAUUAUCAGAUGAGAGCCGAUGAUAAGGAGAAGGAUGUUGGCUUCCUUGAAAUUUAUGUCAAGGAUGCAAAGCACGAACACCGAAUUCUCCGGCUAAAAAACCUGACAGAGAGUUGCUGGGUUACAAAGAAGAAAAGGAUUCCAGAGCAGUGUGCAGAUUUUCAGAUCGUGUUGUCGGCCACCCGAGGGAAGAGCUCUGUAGGGUACAUUGCUGUUGACAACAUCAAGUUUACUUCUUGUCCUAGGAACACCAACGACACAUCCCUGUUAUCACUGUGCUCGAAAGACAACACCAGCAGAGACUACACUUCCUCCACUCUCAGUGAGAAGACAAAACAGCGGACAGAAAGUACAUCGAGAGAGUUGAGGUCAAAAGAGAGAGAAAUGACAUCUACUGAGGAGCUGACAGACAUGACCGUGAACCAGGGUGGGACAGAAACGUCACUUCCGGUGACGGACAGAUUGACUAAUGACUCAAAUAGCUUUACUUCAGCAGACGACAGUCUACUCACGACAGAACUCAAUUCUUUGGAAGCUUACACCUCCACCUUGAUACCUGAUAGCACCUGGUUAGAUGAUGAAACGACAAAGGAAACUGUAAUGACAGCUGGAAGCACAUACAGUACCUCAUCGACAUCUGACAACUUCUCCUCGACCGUUGUCAUCAUGGAUGACAGUUCAGAGACCAACUACUUGAAUCUCGAAAGCAGUACUGCUAUAACAAUCAGUGAUUUCGCUAACAAAGUACUGACGGAGCCCCCGAGCACAAGUACACAGGUGUUACACACCUCAGACGACUCUUCUCGAACCCUGGAAACGCAAACAGCGUCUGAAGGUCGCAGUACAGGUAUUUCUUACUCCCCAGGUAAGACCACGUUGAUUAGUACUUCAACUGUAUCCACAGUGACUGUCGGGCAGAACAUUGCAGAAUCCAGUUCCGCUGUUUUCAUGGAAUCCACAGGGCUGACAGGGGAAUACAACUCAGUCAGGACUCAAGCCUCCAAGAUGAAGUCUGGUCGAGACGCAGGAGAGGUGCGACCCAUGAACUCCGGUAGCUUCGCAGUCUCCUCGCCUAAAGAGCCCACGGUACACGGCAGCAAACUGGAGACGAUCGCCUCAACAGACAACAAGAAACAACCUCUAGAUGAUGGAAACGACAACAAGAAGAAUGACACAUCUAGAAAACAGGAAAUAAGCGAUGACAUCGAUGUUUCGACUGACCUCCCCUUGAUUGGUGCUGUUUGCUUGGGGACGGCUCUCGGAAUGUCACUCAUGGGAUGGGCAGCUUGGAAAUGGGUUCAGAAUCAAAAACAGAAAUUAGAAAAUGGAGAAAAUCAUGUUGAUGAAGAGGCCCCUAACAGCGCUUUAACGGAAAUAGAAUCCCAAACGGGGACUGAAGUGGUGAUGACAACAACUAAAUAACCACCUCAUCAUAAACUGAUAACAUCAGCAGCAAAGAAACUUUUUUUGGUUGACACUUUUUGUUAUUGACAAUGUCUGAAUUUGUGUUUACUGUUUACUAGAAUUAUAUGUUAGUAGUAAAAUGUAGAUACUAGUUGAAUGCAACGGAUAAAGACUUUUCUUGUGUGUGAAGACCCUGUUAAAUUUCCCAUCCUAAUUGACUUUUAUUUACAAUUAUCAGAAAUGGGGAUAAGGGAGGUAACUGUGUUUAAGGUGGAGCCACAUCACAGCAAGGUAGUCUCCCCUGGACACGCUGCCAUGUGCCACAGAAGUUCUGCGAGAAAACUGAGAGCUCUGGAUGCCAUAAAAUUCGGCAAACAAAAAUAACAGACGAAUUUACUUCAGAUAUUUGCAUAACAUUUGUAACCAUGUAAUCAAACAACUUUUUUACCAUAAGUUAAAAAAUAAAAUUCUUGAGCAAAAACUC